AUGAAGUUAUUACCCUUUCAAUUCUUCCACGAGGAGGGUUUACACCGCAUAGCUAGCUUGGUAGGUAAACCUCAAUGCCUCAACCCCUCUACAGCUAAUAAGACGAACCUGGAGGUAGCCAAAGUGCUCACUAUCAUCGACCCCAGGAAACCACUCCAAGAGGCAGUCAAUGUCCAGUUUGACUCAGGGGAAAUCCGUAGAGUCCUUGUCUCUAGCCCCUGGAUGCCCCUAGUUUGUGCACAUUGUAAGGAGUUAGGCCAUAGCCUAAGACAUUGUCGCUCCGCCCCCAUUACUUGCUCGAGCUAUCAAUCUACAACACACCUACCUGACGCGUGUCCACAAAAUCAUGCUCAAGCUCCGAAAAAGCGUAGAAGCCAUCGGAGGCGCAGAUCUAAGACGCCUGCCCCAUCUCGAAUGUCUGAUACUUUGUCCACUUCCAUUGCAACUACAAGCCAGCCACCUAGAGGAAGAUCAAAAGCUCUCCAGGAAUGGCAGGUUAAAUCCACCGGGGAAGCAAACGAGAAACCAUCUGUCCAAGACAGUAAUCAUUGUGACUCACAACUGCACAAAGGUCAGCAGCCGCAACAUUCACAAGCAAUGCGACUGAGUGAGACACUACCCCCGCAGUUAACUGCAAAAGCUUCUGAUCAGGAAAGCUUACAGUUUUCUCAGGCUACACCAAGAACUGCCAACACUAUCAGUCCUCCUCAUGAGCCAUCUGUGAUCGUAGGUGAUUCAGACUCGGGUUCACAACUACAGUCUGAUGCGGAUAUCGAACCUGAUUCCUCAGAUAUACCCUCCACGGAUUCGAAGGAGGCUAGAUUCACAAGAGUACUAUCCAAGAGGCAGAGGAAGAUCCAAAGAGCUAGUCACCGACGCGGAUUUAAGAAGUGGUUUAGGGCAAGGAAGCCUAUUUUUGGUGGUCUCAUUGAGACACAUGUCAAACAACCUAAGGAGGUAAAGUUUAUAAACAAUCUGCUUCCGGGUUGGUUUUUUGAGGAGAAUUACAGCUUCUCCGAGUUAAGAAAGAUUUGGGUGAUUUGGGACUCAUCGGUCCAAGUGGUAGUUGUGGAAAAAUCGCUUCAGAUGGUUACUUGUGAAGUUCUUUUUCCUGGUGAGCAGUCUUGGAUUGUUGUUUCCAUAGUCUAUGCCGCAAAUGAAGCAGAAAGGGAAUUGUGGCUGGAAAUUGUGGCCUUGGGGGCUUCUCAACUAGUCUCCUCUCGCCCAUGGAUAGUGAUGGGGGACUUUAACCAAAUCCUCAACCCACAUGAGCACUCCGAACAACCAUCCCUAAAUGUGGACAGACGCAUCAGAGACUUCAGAUCCUGUCUCCUUGAUGCAGAGCUCACUGAUCUCACGUAUAAGGGUAACUUUUUCACCUGGUGGAACAAAAAUGAGUCAAGACCUAUUGCUAAGAAGCUCGACCGGAUACUAGUUUCUAAGAAGCUGAAGGCUCUCAAAAGGCCAAUCAAGGAAUUUAGUAAAUCAAAUUACUCGGACUUGGAGAAACGAACAAGGGAGGCUCAUGAGGUCCUCUUAAGCCGCCAAAACCGCACCCUAGCUGAUCCAUCGACUACUAAUGCGACCCUUGAACUAGAAGCACAGCGCACUUGGGCUUCCCUCGCCGCUGCUGAAGAGAGCUUCUUUCUCCAGAAGUCCAGGGUGACAUGGUUCGCUGAGGGUGAUGGAAACACGCGUUACUUCCACAGGAUGACAAACGCGCGCAAGUCAAUCAACUCCAUUCACUCACUGACGGAUGAUAAUGGCAACCGCUACAAAUCUCAGGAGGAGAUCAGUGAGUACUGCGCAGAUUACUUUGCAAACCUUCUUAAUGAUGUGCAGGAACCUUACACAAUGGAGCAGGAGGAUAUGAACCUGCUUCUAUCCUUUAGAUGUUCUCCAGAGCAGGCGACUGAACUUGAGAAGCAGUUCUCUGAUGAAGAUAUCAAGGCUGCUUUCUUCUCUCUCCCCAAGAAUAAAGCUUGUGGCCCUAACGGUUUUCCAGUCGAGUUUUACAAAGAAGCUUCGAGUGUGGUCGGCCCAGAAGUCACAACAGCCAUAAGAGAAUUCUUCACCUCAGGGUGUCUGCUAAAGCAAUGGAACUCAACCACAUUAGUCCUCAUUCCCAAGACGGCUAAUGCAUCCAGCGCAGUUGAUUUUCGACCAAUCUCAUGUCUCAACACACUUUACAAAGUCAUUGCCAAGCUUCUGACAAACCGUCUCCAAUCGCUACCGGCUAGUGUGAUAUCUCUCUCGCAAUCAGCUUUUCUCCCGGGUAGAUCCUUAUCAGAAAAUGUUCUCCUUGCCACGGAAUUGGUUCAUGGUUACAAUUGGCGAAAUAUAUCACCAAGAGGAAUGUUAAAAGUUGAUUUGAGGAAAGCCUUCAACACAGUUAGAUGGGAGUUUGUCAUUGCAGACCUUGGAGCCAUUCAAGUUCCAGAUAGGUUUGGAUUUACCAAUGCAUCUCCACCCCCACUUUCACGGUCGCAGUGA